UGUCGGUUGUGCGCGAAUAUUAAAUCUGAUCCCAGAUCAACCGAAGUUUUAAAAACGCGCACGAGCUCAUGAUUCCAUCGCUGCGCCGCGCGGUGCAUCCUGGUAGUAGUUGAAAGAUUCAAGAUGGCGGCGAGCAGGAGACUACACAAGGAGCUUGAAGAAAUCCGCAAAUCUGGAAUGAAAAACUUCCGUAACAUUCAAGUUGAUGAAUCGAACAUAUUGACAUGGCAAGGCCUCAUUGUUCCAGACAACCCUCCAUAUGACAAAGGGGCGUUCAGGAUCGAGAUCAUCUUCCCUGCAGAGUACCCAUUCAAACCACCGAAGAUCACGUUCAAAACGAAGAUCUACCACCCCAACAUUGACGAGAAGGGACAGGUCUGCCUGCCUGUCAUAAGCGCAGAGAACUGGAAACCAGCCACCAAAACUGACCAAGUAAUUCAGUCGCUCAUUGCCCUGGUGAACGACCCACAGCCAGAACACCCUCUGAGGGCCGACCUAGCAGAAGAAUACUCAAAAGACCGUAAAAAAUUCUUUAAGAAUGCAGAAGAGUUUACAAAGAAACAUGGCGAAAAGCGGCCAGUGGACUAACAAUACCAGACAAGUGUGUAGCCCCAGACCCCUCCUACUCUGAUCCUCUUCCCCUCGCUCUACUACCUUCCUCCCGACACCCAAUUGCCAUCCUCUAUCCCUCCCUCCCGCUUUCCCUCCUUCUCCUCUCCUUUCCACGUGUCACUCUAGUCGAGCUGGAGAAGUACAGCGCAGCUGCUGCCUCCGUCUUGAAGCAGGACACCGUGAGGACAUCCGAGUUUCUGAGUUUCUGGUGUUAGCUUGAGGCCCUUACUAACUUUUUACUAUGUUGUUUAUUUUUUUUCUUUCUGAAGUAUAAAAGCAUCAAAAUUUGGUUAGAGAAUAACUUAAGAGAAAGAAGUUGGAAAUUGUACAGGGUGUUUCAGUAAUGAAUGCUGUUUGACCCUUUUGUAAUGAGAAAAUGAAUCAUUGCAUUAUUACACAAAACUUUCAGAAAUUACUUUUGGAAGUGACAGUUCAUUUAAAACAAAGUGGAUUGUAAUUUAUCAUGUAUAUUAUUAUUAUUAUGUUGUUCCCUCUUCUUACAUGUGUGUUUUUUUUUUUUUUGACUUCCACAAAACAAAAAGGAGACAUUAAGGAGGAAUGGAGGUUACGCAGCUGGAGUUUUUCAGGGAGGGCAAGCGAUUAUUUCAUAUAACCCUUUUUACUUUCACUGCACUUGUUGGGUCUGAGGAACAGGCUACUUUCAGCCCUUUACCAAGCCUCGAAUCAGCAAAACCACUGUAAAGUCAGAAACAAAGGUGGCUUAGGAGCCAAUAUUGCUAUGAAAUACUUUUGUUUCGCAAAUGAAAAAGGAAGGAUGAAAACGAUGCUCUUUGUGUGAGUGAACGUAAUUUUCCAUGAUGAUCACUAGUUUUAAACAUCUCUCUUUUAACGUGUUUCAUAGGACGUUCUUGUAUAUUAUUGAUUAUUUGGGUUUAAACAUGGAAACGGCCCCUAGAUAUACAGAGAUGUACGCUACUGAAGAAUAUUAUUCCUAUUUUCUCCCAACACAGAAUAAACACAGUAGUUGACCGUGAGUUUUCUAGAACAUUCUCUACAUUUUCUUUAAACUAUAUUAUUCAAUCUGUCAAAUUCCAUCUUAAGAGUUUAACUUUAUAAUGCAAAAUUGACGAGGUUCUUUGGGCUUUCUUUAGUUCAAGAUAUUUAAGUAAUCUUUGCUUAUGCAUUCGGGUGAAGUCUCUUGCGGUAUGCCUCAAAUAAGCCCCUUGCUCUCUUCUCAAUGUCAUUUUUUUUCUUUUCUUCUUAAAGGCUUAUUUUCAUGCAGACUUUAAAAACGCUCCAUUUUGUGUACUGAAAUAAAAGAGGAAGACCAAGCACAGGGGAUACUGUUAUACUCAAACAUUGGCUAAAUUCACUUUGUUGCUUUGGGUGUGCUAAUCUACAGACUGGUCAGGGAUUUCCUAUUAAAUUCAACCAAUCAAAAUGUUUUUUCUGGGAUGCCCCAGUUUAAAAGAGCAUUACGGAACUGUGUGAUGAAAUCAAAUUCUAACUAAAGAGUUCGGCGAUUGUUUAACCUGAAUAUAUUAGCAUUAGUAAACUAUAUAUUUAUGAAGACUACUACUUAAAGUCCGAACUGUUGCUUCAAUUACAGCUUAAUCUGAAAUGCCAUCAAUGGCCUGAAUUUAAUAUACACAGGUUAUAAACAUGUUAAUCCUAAUAUGUGACAAAAGGUUGAACUCUCCAAAUAAAGGCUAUUUUGACCUA